AUGAUCAAGUUUCUGCUGGUUGCUCUCGAGUUUGGUCUGGCUCACGCUCAGGAUACGGUUUCAGGACCUUGGGAGACAGUUGCCAUAGCAGCAGACAGAAUUGACAAGAUCCAGGAAGAGGGACCCCUGAGCAUCUACACCCGUAGCCUCCAGUGCAAUUCAGCCCAUAAACAACUGAGUCUCACCUUUAGAGUCGGACUAAAUGGAGACUGUACUGUCAUCAUAGUCCAGGCUAACUACAUUGGAGAUGACCAGUUCAGGGUUCAAUAUGAAGGGGACAAUCAUUUUCAAGUUCUGAACCAGACUGAAGACUUUCUAUUCAUUUACGAAGAGAACGUAGACCACACCAGCAGGAGGACCAAGCUGAUAUAUGUUCUUGGGAUUGGUGUAAAUGUCCUGCUUAGGGCCAAUGCAGUCACAAGCAUUCUUCCCAAGGAGAGGCUCCUCAUACACUCCUGGAAUAUCAUUUACUGUGUGGACACAGAGACAUUUUGGGGUCAGAUUGUAGAAGCACAAAAAUUACAAAGUUAUAAAGACAGUGAUGCCUUUCUGGAGAUGAAUGUGGUAGAGAGGAGGUCUCAUGAAAGAGCAGACGGUCAAUCUUGA